AGCAGCCUUUCUUCUCAGUCAUGGAGGGCAGAGAGAAGAGAGCGCUUCACUUUUUGAUCCUCGUUGCUUAUCUCGUGGUCUCACCAUCACCUUCUGCAGGUCUGCUCAGAUUAGCUGGAUCUGGAUCCACUCGGUGCUCUGGAAGAGUUGAAAUCUAUAAGUCUUACUAUAACUAUAACUCUUACUCUUACCGUUACUCCUCCUGGGGAACAGUGUGUGAUGAUGGCUGGGACUUAAAAGAUGCUGAGGUGGUCUGUAGAGAGCUGAACUGUGGGAUAGCACUGGAGGCUCUUGGGUCUGCUUACUUUGGUCAAGGUACAGAGACUAUCAUGCUUGAUGAUGUGGACUGUUCAGGAAGUGAAACUUCUCUAAAUGAUUGUCGUCACAGAGGACUUAGGACACACGACUGUAGCCAUAGUGAAGACGCUGGUGUGGUCUGUUCAGAAACCCUCCCACAGCCCACUAUCUCCUUGUACAGUAAUGAGGUCACCUGGGGUCAGGGCAUCAGAAUCACUUGCUCAGUUUCAUACAAGUUCUCAGGUGGAACUUUUAUCCUCCAGAAGACUUCGGGCUCAUUCAGUCAGACUAAACCAUCCUCUACGAGCUCUGUUAUAUUCAAUCUUCACAAUGUGAACUUUGAUCAUGAUGGACUGUACCAGUGUCAGUACAUGAAAACAAGUCAAAGGUUCAACUCUUCCCCUGUCAGACUCUCUGUUACUGUGAGUUUUCCGAAACCCCGUAUCUCCAUUUGCCCUGUUGGUGAGGUGACCUGGGGUCAGACUGUUGAAAUCACAUGUUCAGUCUCAACUCAGGUUUUAGGUGGAUCGUUCACUCUGAGUCAAAUUCAGGGUUCAUUCACGAGGAGCCAAACCUCCAACACAAACUCUGCUACCUUUAAUAUUCCUAACGUGGACUUUGAUAACGAGGGAUUGUACCAGUGUCAGUAUAAGAAAAGAGGCUCACGUCGUGAAUUCAGCUCCCCAUUAAGUGAUUCGAUCAGACUCUCUGUUGCUGUGAGACUGCAGACACCCAACAUCUCCCUGACCUCUCCUGGUGCAGGUCUGGUCUGGGGUCCUGAAGGUGCAGAGAUCACCAGGGGUUACAGUUUUGUCUUCACCUGCUCCAUUAACUCCAGUUUUUCCAGUGGACGUUUCUUCCUCAUCUUCUCUGACUCCAACAUCACAGACAGCAAGCCAGCAGUCAACAACUCAGCCUCCUUUAGUUUCCCUGUAGCUGAGUAUGAACACCAAGGCAACUACAGCUGUGUGUAUGAAGUCACAGUGUCCACACAGACAUUCAGUUCUACUGCAACAGCACCCAUUACUGUCAUCAUUAAAUUUCCUUGGAUGCUGCUGGUCUCGUCUGUAGUUCCUGUGGUCCUGCUGCUCCUGCUGGUCUCGUUGGUGGUCUUACUGGUGCUCAGGAGAAGGAGACAAACACAGCAGGCCCACAUCCACACCACAGUGACUCUAAGAAACUGUAAUGAAGAAGAUGACGUCAGUGACGAGGAGAGGAUCUAUAUGAAUGUUGAGACACUGAACACCUACAGGAAUUUUACCAAGCAAACAGGAAGAGCGAAGAAAGAGGAAACAUAUGAGAAAGACAGAAAAAUGGAAGCAGACGAAGAACAAAGCAGUGGUGAUGAAAAUGAUCAUGUAUACGUAACACAGAUGUUUGCUGAACAAACUGUCGACCUUUAUGGAGAACAAGAGGAUAUUUAUCAAAACCUUUAGAUUUAUAAGGAUUAACAUCGAUCCAUCCAGAUUAACACAGUCAGAAUAAUAUAUAAUACAUUUUAAGACUGGAAGCUAGAGGGUCCAUCAUUGAUCAGAACAUUGCAGCUUUUCUGGCUCGUCAUCAGUGUUAUUAUUGAGAGUGUGUGUGUGUGGGGGGGGGACGACUAGUUUAUCACAGAUUACACAUUUUGAAUUUCUGUCUUUUAAUAAUACCCUCUAUAAAAUGUCCGUGUAGAUGAGUUGGUGAAAUUAUAGUUCAGAAUUGGUUUUAGUUAAAAAUAAUUUCUUUUUAAGCACAUUAACACAGUGUGGUGAUAAGUAUAAGGACGUUGAAAAGAUGGUUCAGAAAGCUGCAUCUGGUCAGACACAAACUCAGAAAAGUUGGAUUUGUACAAAAUGAAAUGGCUUAGCGAUAACUUUUGUGCUGGACACUGGUUGUUAGUUUAUUAGUUUGGAGCUGGUGUAGAGGUGCACCUGUGUGUUUAUGCUGUUGUUUGCACUGAAGACUGUGAACAUUUAAAAAAGAUGUUUCUGAAAUCAUAGAAAUUUCACUUUGGAGAUCUUUGAAGCAGCUUAUUAAUUUUGUUGUGUGUAGAAAUGUAAAACAGUGUUUCAGGUACAAUUCAAAUAUGUACAAGUGUCCUUCCUGAAAUACCAGCAACAGGGAAUAACAUGUUUUCCUGUCCAAUGUGAUGUGUUGAAUUUUCUCACAGAAUCACAUCAAUUAAAGGUUGCAUCUGAUUUUACUCUAAAUUGAGCUGAAUGUCAAGAAAAAUGUAAAGUUAAUAUUUCAUUUCCUGCUCAUUCGAUUUAUUUUAGUUGUAUAAGGCUGUUUUGCUAAAACUCAGUGCAGCCCCAUUGAUGCGGUGUAUGUAUAUUUUAUAUAUUCUUUUUAAGUAUAAAGUAAGAGAAUACAUUAGGCAAGUUUUUUAUCGUGAAGCCUAGCUAAUCUUUGUCUUUCUGAUGAUUAUUUAAAUGAUAUAAUGCAAAUAAAUUUGCAAUA